CCUUCUGGAGAGGAGUUCGUAAUAGUAGUAAGUCCUCUCAACGCAAUCAUGAGAGAACAGUGUGACAAGCUGACCUCCCUCGGCCUGACAGCGACGUGUUUAGGUUUGAACGCUGUCGAGACAAACGAUGUCCUCGCAGGAAGAUUCCAGUUCAUCUACACCUCUCCUGAGACAAUUCUCAACGACCACAGAUUCAGAGGGAUGUUACGAUCUGAAGCGUACAAGGGUCGUGUUGGACUGAUUGUGAUCGACGAAGCACAUACUGUUGUCCAGUGGGGCCAAGCAGGAGAUGAUGCUGGCAGUGAUACUCCCUUCAGGGAAUGGUUUUCUAAGUUAGGAGAGCUGCGUUGCCUUCUGCCAGGUACACCUCUGCUUGCAGUGACUGCAACUGCCAGCAAGAAACAAAGGAAAAAGAUCCAGAAGCUACUCACUAUGGAGGGAUUACAACAAAGGGACACAAUCAAAAUGCUGGUCUUCUAA